AUGCUUCAAAAACCGGUGGGUGUCCGCCGGCCCGGGCCUCCACAAACGCUAGUCGAGUAUAUUAAUUUUUUUUUCACGCGUUUACUCUAUUUGUGUUUUGCAGGAUAGAAAUGGAGGAUAAUUCGAAAAAAUUAACCAAAAAAGAGUUGAAAACUCUGAAAAAUGCGUUAGGUCGACAGGGCCUGACCCUAGAAGACCACGAGAAAGCACAAGAAUCGCCGAAAAAGUGCGAAAUUCUACAAAUCGAUUGUUUUUCGCUAGACGAAGGACGAAGUGACGGUCAAUCCGAUGGCUGGUACGUCGGCUACGGAGUCGAAUACAAUGGAGUUGGCGUUUCUACAGGUUUGUGCUAAAAUUAAGAAAAAAGUUAACAUUCUCAGUAUAAGUGCUGCAAAUCCAUUCACAAUUAUUUUAAGUAGCAUUUCCAGCUCAAGAAAGCUCUGUGAGCAGCGAAGAAGAGAAUCGAGUCAAUGAAAAUCGAGAAAUGAGCGGAGAAAGCAGCGGAUUCGACAGCGAUCCGCCUACAGACGACGAAGAGCCCGCGCGAGAACAUUAUUUCUCGAAUAAUUUGGCAAAUCGACGAGAAAGUGACGAUGUCAGCGACAAAGGACAGCUUUUGUACGGAAUUGUCGAGUACGAUGGCCAGAGCCCAAAAUUUUACGUGGACAAAAAUCUCGCCCCAAAAAAUGUCACGUUGCACACUUCUGAAGGUUGGUUUAUAUUAUAAUGUUAAAAAAAAACUGAUUUUGCUUCCAGAAUCCCGCAAUUUCAAAACCGGCAAUUUUUCAAGCACAAAUCGCUUCGAAGUGACGAAAUCAUCCGAAAACGAAGAAGAAACGGAUCAGGGAUAUCAAAUGAUCGGCGACGGAAACGUUCAAUGCGUCACUUCGCAUUCAGAAGAUGAUGGAGACGAUUCUGAGGUUAAUUUUCCAGAAUAUCUUGUAAAUUCGGCCACAAACUCCGGUUUAUGGUGUAAUUUUAUCGUUUCGCCUACGGAUUUUGAUUCGGAAGCUCAAAGUUCCUCGAAAAAGCUGACGAUUCCCGCGGAAAAGCUGAAAACAAUACCCCUAGACGAAGGUCUGUCUAAAUAGUGUGUUUCUGAAAAAAAAACUGAGUUUUUAGAUAAACUUGCUCAAAUAUCAGCUGCAAUGGCUAACUUCAAACUGCCGACACCGCCUGGAUGGGAAGAUGUCACAGAUGCCAAACUUUUAGAUUUCAUUAAACAAAAAGUGUGAAAUAAAGGAUUUUUAUUUCCUAAAUUGACUUUCAAUUGUUUAUUUUCUAAACUUUACGGUUUUCAGCCGUCAUUCAUACAUUUUCCUUGAUCAUGCAGUCUUCCUACAAUUAUAAUAUAUAAAGUCCGAAUUGUUCAGAUGACUACCAAGAAACGUUAUAAUGAAGAAGUAGACUGUGAGCUCGCCAAAAGGAGCAUAUGGCUUGUAAAAGUUCCCAGAUACCUGUCAGAGUUGUGGGAAGCCAACGAAGGAAGUGUGGUCGGAAAGCUGCACGUGGAAAAAGAAGUGAGUUGUGAUUUUUAUAGCAAAAAGCAGCCAUGUUUGUGAAAACAGCAGAAAAAAUUUUUCCAUUCAGAUAGAAUUGCACACAGCCAAAGGACUCACACAACCGACGCCGAAAGACGAAGGAGAAGGCGGAAAGCAGCCGACGUCUUCUGACGCUUCCGAGAUUCCGACCCAAUAUUCGUUUCUCUUGCACGACGUCAAAAGUCAAACGAUGAGUGUUUUGAGCGAAGACAAACAGGGGAUGGGCAGCGAGGCGAGCAUCAAGACGGGCAAACUGUCGAUCGAGGGAAGAAUCAUCAAGAAGGCGGAGUGCCGUCCUCCGGCCACCUCCAAGUACAUGAAGAUGAAAUUGGCGCAUAUUGUCAAGAACACGCAGCCCAAGAAGCAGGUGAAACUGAUAGAGAAGGCGGCGAUCAAGUUCAAGCCGGUGUCGAUGCACGCCGAGGACAUGAUUCGUUCGAAGCAGAAGAAGGACGGCGCGAAGACGUACCGGGCUGACAGAGAUGUCCUCCGACAAGCUCUUUUCAAGGCGUUUGAAAAGCACAGCUUCUACAGGUUCGUCAAAAAACGAUUUUGAAAGCUCUUAUGUACAAAAUUAAUGCGAACUAAUACAAUUAUUCUUACAGACUUCAAGACCUGCAACAACUGCUCCAGCAGCCGGUGAGCUACGUGAAAGACGUGCUCCAGGAGAUUGCCGUCUACAAUACUGCUCCGCCACACAAGAGUUUAUGGUGUCUGAAGCCGGAAUACUGUAACUACAAAGUGAACGCCAGUGGCAACUGA